UAUGGGGCAGAACCUGGACAAAGUGGAAGAGGGUAAACAGGUCCCGGGUGAAGGAUCGGAGAAGACGGGGCGGUGCAAUGACUCCGGAGGUGUGGGCAGUCAAGCAGGUGAUGUCAUGGAGGGAGCAAAUGCAUGUGAGGAGGAAGCUGGUAACACUGGCGAAAAGUCAGGGGAGCCGAACUCUCAGCAUCUGGAUGGAAGCCCCAGCAACGAGCCAACAACACCUUCUGGUGAGAAGCACAUAAAUUUGUGCGAGAGUCCUUCUGCUGCAAGGGAGGUGAGACAGGGAGGGGCUGCAGGAAAGGAGGGAGGAGAAGGAGGAGGUGGAGGCAGCAAUGCUCCACCGGUUCCACAUGAGACGGACAAGAACUGCCAGAGUACUUCGAGAAUUAAGGAAAGUGCAAGAGCACACAAGCCGCUGAAUCAAACCAAACCAGAGGAAAAGAAGACUGGGCUGAAGCUUCAAGCCUUAUCAAAGAUCAAGAUGGAGAAUCAGGUUGAGGAAACUUUCCCAAAGGAGGAGAACCUAGCUGAAAACUCAGAUGGCUCUGUAAUCCUGAAGAGCAGCAACUGUGGAGCUCAUGCAGAAAGUAAGUCGCUGCUUGUUCUGAAAGAGGCCGUGAUUGUUGAAGUUGGGAAUCAGGAUAUUGAGCUUUGUGCAGAAAUAGUGAGCUGCUUCAGUGAGAGGAAGGAACCGCCUCCAGCUCAACACCAACAUCCUUUGAAAAACAGCCUGCAGAAAGAGUCUUUAUUAGACAUGAGUGAUACCAUUCACUCCAAAGGUAAAAGGCCUCCAAAAGAGAGAGCGGAGAAUAAUACAAAAGAAGAAACACUAACAGGUGGGCCAAUGCCAGUUUUGAAUGACUCCUCUUCAGCAAGGUUUACUGACACUCAUGACCAAGGACCACUAGAACUGGACGCAAGUGAAACAAAUGCAAAUCAAACCAUGUCCUAUGAUUCAGCAUCAAGUCCAGUCUUAGACAAUGAGCCCAGCUCUAUUUUGGAGAAGCUCCUGAAGAGAAACAAAGUAGGGGCAACUUCGUCUCUUUCUAAAAUAAAGGAGGUCGACACUGGCAACAAGGAAGCCACAGAUGUUCCUGUGAAGAAAGAUGCAAAGAGAAUCCCUGACAGCACAGUAACAGAGACAUCCAGUGACCAGACUGAGCAGUCAAAAUGUGACAAGAAGGAGACUUUACCCUCCUCUGCAGAUUCUAAAAACAAACAAUCGAAAUCAAACCUUGCAAAGACAGACAGGCACAGUAAGGACCAGGAUAUGAGGCAGACUGCCACUGCUUCCAAUGCGACCUCAGAUUCACUUUGUUCUCAGACAGGGGUGACUGAGGUCACUAUGUGUGACAGCUCAGUCACAAAAUCACAUAAUUCCAAAGCUGAGAACAUAAACUCAGGAGAUGCUUCAGUCAAGGAGGAGACAGAGAUGAAGCCAAAGAAAGGGCCCUCUAACAAUGUGCACUCUGAUGAGUUACAAUCAGCUGUUUCACAUGAAACAAUGCCAUGUGAUGCGGGUCGUGUGAUCUCUGAGGAAUCUGCACCUUCUGAUCCAAAGUCUCCAACUACAAAAAGUGAUGGGAAGAUUGCUGACUCAGGCCAUUCUCUCACUGCUGAGGAGACAGACAGCAGUAAAGUAAAAGCACCUCCACAGAAGGAGGAUGACAGUGAAAGUAAAACUGAUUCACAGCUAUCUGGUCCUGAGAAGGCAGACGCUCAGUCAGCAAAGAAAAAGAAAGUCAAAGAGUCCCCCAAAGACGCUGCUGCACCAGCUGUGGAUGCUGGAUCUGUUGUGGCCGCAGGUGAGACAGUUACCUCAGAGGAAGGCCGAAAGACCUCAGUCAGUGUGAAGCAGGAUCUUGGUGUGACACUUUACUCAGAAACUGACAAGAAACCUGGCAAAGAUGAUACUGUCUCAAUGAGAGACAAAUCCCAGAGCUCUCCCAAAUCUAGGCCUGUCUCAGAACUCAUAAAGGAGACAAUUCAGAUGCAUGAAAAGCUGCAGCAGCAGGACCGGCCCAAACCAGUUGAAGUCAAGUCUGAUGAGCAGGGUCAGUCUGUGAAGGUGGCACAGAUGAAGGCAGCCUUUGACUCACCUCAGAAAACUCCAGACAAGGCAGUCGAGAGGAAGCCAUCGAUGAGAAAAGGUAAGGGCAUCGAAAUCUAG